AGGGUCAGGGGUAAGAGAGAUGCGAUGAGAUGCCUCUUAUCGAUAAGCGCCUGCCUCUCAGACCCCUGCAGUACCUACUGUUACUGCCGUUACUGCCGUUACUGUCCCGCCGCAACCGUGCUGGUCAUUCAUCGACUUGCAACUGCCAACCCAGGCACCCACCUGCCCACCGACGCAUCAUUGCGGGAGAGAUAAUGGCCGACCAAGGUGGCUCGCAGCACGGCAUAGCCCGGACCUCGCGAGUGCGCUCCGAAGAGCAGAAGCAGCGCGACCUCCAACGCAUCCAGAAGUACCGUGAGCUCGAGGACCAGGUGCGCUCACACGUCUCGCGGGCCGACUACUCGCCGCAGCUCUUCCAGCUCACGUCCAAGCUCCUGCGCCUCAACCCGGAGUACUACACACUAUGGAACGUCCGCAGACGCUGCCUAAUCUCUGGCUUAUUCUCAAGACCAUCGGCUGGGUCAUCAUGCUCGACGGCGUGCUCGAGUACUUUUCCUACCGCCACUACAACACAAUCUUCCACCAGCUGCUCGUCGUCGUCCUCGGCCACGACCCCGCCCGCCCCCGGCUCCCCGACAGCUGGGAGGAGUGGUACAACAGCUGAGCCGGGCGCCGCGGGUGCGCCGUCCGGAACUUUCGCGAGUGACGACCCCGCCCAAGCUCCCGCCGCGGACUCCACCGACUCCGCCACCGCAGCAGCAGCAGCAGCCGCAGCCGAACAGCAAGACCUGGCCACCAUCCAAUCCGAGCUCAGCUUCACCAUCCCGCUCCUCCUCGAAUCGCCCAAGUGCUAUUGGAUCUGGAGCUACCGGCAGUGGAUCCUAGCGCAGGCGAUCGCGCGUCUGCGGCCGCACGUGGCGCGGCAGGUGUGGGAGGCCGAGCUCGGGCUCGCGAGCAAGAUGCUGGGCAAGGACCGGCGCAACUUCCACGCGUGGGGCUACCGGCGGCACGUGGUGACGCAGCUGGAGAGCGCGGCGCUGCGGGGUGCCAGCAUGGUCGAGGCCGAGUUCGAGUACACGUACCGCAUGAUCCAGACGGACCUGUCCAACUUCUCGGCCUGGCACAGCCGCAGCAAGCUGAUCCCGCGCCUGCUGGACGAGCGGGGCGCGGACGACGCGGCGAGGAGGGCGUUCUUGGAUAAAGAGCUGAACCAGAUCCGCGAAGCGCUCAACGUCGGGCCCGAGGACCAGUCGCUGUGGUACUACCACCAGUUCCUGAUGCUCAACCUGGUCGACCCGGACAAGCACCCCGCCAUGACGCGGGGCAUCGCGGCCGGGGACCGCGCGGCCUACCUGGCGCGGGAGAUCGACGAGAUCAAGGAACUGCUGGAGGACUACCCGGAUGUGAAGCUCAUCUACGAGGCCCUGUUCGAGUACACGCUGUAUCUGUGCCAGCUGGAAGACCGCCAGCCCACCGCCGACGAACGCGCGGACCUGGCGGCGUGGCUGGCGAAGCUGAAGGAGCUGGAUCCGAUGCGCAACGGGCGGUGGGCAGAUCUGGAGCGGGAAUGUGGGUUGUGAAAUGGCGGGGUGUUGUGUAACUCCCCUGAGACAUAGCUAGUGAUACCGUCUACAAACGCCUCGCAUUCCACCCUAA